GCUCGGUGUAUCGGUGCCGGCUCCAGGCUCGGUCUCACAUCAACAAUCAACAUUCCAUCCACAAAAAUUUGACAGUGAAGAUGUGUGAGCGACGCUCCUUGGGUCCUGUCACUGACGUUUAAUGGUGUGACUUUGAGUACUCGGCUGCGAAAAUGAACAUCAAACACCUAAUGAAUAUUUUGCCACCGCAGGAUGGUGCAGCAAAGAUCACAGCAUUAGCUUGGUCGCCGAACAACGUGAAGUUAGCAGUGUCUACAGCAGAACGAGUUAUUCUACUGUUUGAUGAAAAUGGAGAACGCAGAGACAAAUUUUCCACUAAACCAGCUGAUGCUAAGUAUGGCAAGAAAAGUUAUCUGGUUAAGGCUAUAGCUUUCUCCCCAGACAGCACUAAGAUAGCAAUUGGUCAAACAGACAACAUAAUUUAUGUCUAUAAGAUUGGAGAAGAUUGGGGAGAAAAGAAAGUGAUUUGCAAUAAAUUUGUACAAUCAUCACAAGUAACUUGCCUCACUUGGCCAUUUGAGGGACCAAUUAUCUUCGGCUUGCUUGAAGGAAAAGUGCGUGCAGCUAACAUAAAGACCAACAAAUCACAAACUCUCUACCAAACAGAAUCUUAUGUUGUAUCACUGACUCCUAACUUGCGAGGUACUGCAUUUCUUGCUGGGCAUGCUGAUGGAGCAGUAGUGCGGUACUAUGUAGCUGAUGAUCAGUAUGCUGAGCCACAGGGCAAGAUAAUAUCCCAUCCUGUACCUCCUUAUGCUAUGGCAUGGACCAACAAUAACAUCAUCAUAGCUGGAUGUGACAAACGCAUCGUAAUGUACACUAAAAAUGGGAAAAUUAACCAGCAGUUUGACUACAGCAGAGACUUAACUGAAUGUGAAUUUUCAACUGCAGUUACAAGUCCCAGUGGUCAGGCUCUUGUCAUUGGUAGUUAUGACAGGUUACGUAUCUUUGACUACAACACGUCAAGAGGAAUGUGGGAUGAAAAGGCCACCCGUGAGUUUGAGGGAUUCUACACAAUUACUGCACUAGCUUGGAAGAGAGAUGGAUCCAGACUGGUGUGUGGGACACUGUGUGGUGCAGUUGAACUCUUUGAUUCUGUGCUACGGAGAUCUGUGUGGAAGAAUAAGUGGGAGAUGACUUAUGUUGGACCUUCACAAGUAUUGGUCAAACCUAUAGCUGGGUCAGGUCCUUUUGGCAGCCGUGGAGUUAUCCUUAGAUCACAGUAUGGUUUUGAAAUCCAUGAUGUUCGUAUAAUGGGCAAAGAUCGCUACCUUGUUGCCCGUACCAAUGAAACCUUGCUGUUGGGUGACCUACACAGAAAUUUACUGAGUGAAGUCCACUGGGCUGUAGAACCAGGAACAGAAAAGUUCUACUUCAAUAAUGAGAAUGUCUGUAUGAUCUUCAAUGCUGGGGAGCUUUCAUUGGUGGAAUAUGGCAAUAAUGACCUGCUUGGAUCUGUCAGGACUGAGUUCAUGAACCCUCAUCUCACCAGUGUUCGACUGAAUGAACGCCGCCAAAGAGGCAUAGAUGACAACAAAAAGAUGGCUUAUUUAUUAGAUCUUAAAACAAUAUGUCUUGUGGAUUUGACUUAUGGCCUGACUAUGGGACAAGUAACUCAUGAUUCACGUAUUGAUUGGCUAGAGUUAAAUGAAACAGGUUCUCAACUGUUAUUCCGAGAUAAGAGGCAAAGGCUGAUGCUAAUUAGUGUUGGAACAUUACAGAAGACGACAAUUCUUAACUACUCAACGUUUGUACAGUGGGUUCCAGGUAGUGAUGUAGUGGUAGCCCAAAGCCGUGAACAAUUAUGUGUUUGGUAUAACAUCGACACUCCUGAACGAGUCACUACUUUCCAAAUAAAAGGAGAAGUCGUGGAUGUAGAGAGAGCUGAUGGAAGAACAGAGGUUAUUGUACAAGAUGGUGUCCAAGAAUUAUCAUAUGCCUUGGAUGAAGGGUUGAUCGAGUUUGGAACUGCUGUGGACGAUGGGGAAUUCUUACGGGCCAUGAAUUAUCUUGAGACACUACCUCUCACUGCUGAAGCUGAAAUGAUGUGGCGCACACUUGCUCGACUGACACUAGAGGGACGUCAUAUUUACAUUGCUGAACGUUGUUUUGCAGCACUUGGUGAUGUCUCCAAGGUUCGAUACCUUCAAGGAAUCAACCAAAUUAGGCAAGAGUAUCAGGAGACCAGAGGUGAGGAUGGAAUUCAAGAAUAUGAAGUACAAGCUCGUUUAGCAAUCUUGGACAAACAGUUCAAGACAGCUGAAAGCAUCUACUUGGACUACAAUAACCUUGAAAAAGCCAUGAAGAUGUACCAAGAUCUACAUAAAUGGGAUGAAGCUGUCCAACUAGCUGAAGUGAAGGGCCAUCCAGAGGUUGAAUCACUACGCCGUGCACACACACAGUGGCUCUUAGACACACACCAGGAAGAGAAAGCUGGUCAGCUUAAAGAAGAAGAGGGAGACUACUUGGCAGCUAUUAAUAUGUAUCUCAAAGCUGGAAUGCCUGCUAAAGCUUCUAGAUUAGCUACAAGUGUUGAUGAACUACGUGAAGAUCCAGAACUUAUAACACGGAUUGCCACAGCUCUACUCAAAGCUGAAUUGUAUGAGCAGGGUGGAGAAUUAUAUGAAAAAGUUGGCCAGACCCAAAAGGCCCUGGACAGUUAUCGUAAAGGUCAUUGUUUUUCUCGAGCGGUGGAAUUAGCAAGAUAUGCUUUCCCUACAGAUGUUAUCCAAAUGGAGGAAGAAUGGGGAGACCAACUUGUGGCCAACAAACAGGCAGAUGCAGCAAUCAGUCACUAUGUAGAAGCUGGACGCAAUGUGAAGGCCCUGGAUGCUGCUAUAAUUGCUAGACAGUGGAAAAAAGCUAUACAGAUCAUAGAGGUCAUAGAUGAUGAUGAAGCUUUACAACCACACUUGAUGAAGUUGGCCCAGCAUUUUACUUCAUUGAAUGACCUAAUACGAGCAGAGAAGUUCUAUAUUAAGGGUGGGAUGUACAAUGAAGCAAUUACAAUGUAUAACCAGGCUGGUGAAUGGGAACGUGCCCAUCAACUUGCAAGUAAAUACAUGGGUGCUGACAAGGUAACUGUUAUGUAUGUAAAACAAGCACAGGUGUUAGAAAGCCAAGGCAAAUUUAAAGAAGCUGAAAAACUGUACAUCUCUGUCCAUGAACCAGACCUUGCCAUUACUAUGUAUAAGAAGCAGCGCCAGUUUGAUCAGAUGAUGCGGUUAGUGAAGGAGUAUCAUACAGAUUUGGUACAGUCUACGCACCUUCACUUAGCUGGCCAACUGGAACAAGAGAGUAACUAUCAUGACGCAGAGAAGCACUAUAUAGCUGCCGACGAUUGGAAGGCCGCAGUGAACAUGUAUCGUGGUGUGGAUAUGUGGGAAGAUGCAUAUAGAGUAGCCAAACAAGAGGGAGGAGCCAAUGCUGGAAAACAAGUGGCAUUCUUGUGGGCAAGGACUCUUCGAGGUGAUGCUGCUGUGAAACUGCUCAAUAAAUUUGGACUACUUGAACAGUGUAUUGACUAUGCUUGUGAAAGCAUGCAGUUCGAAUUUGCCUUUGAGUUAGCACGUAUUGCCAUGAAAAACAAGGUACCUGAUAUUCACUACAAAUGUGCCAUGGCUCUGGAAGAUGAUGGAAAAUAUGGUGAAGCAGAAUCAGAGUUUAUCCAAGCUGUCAAACCUAAGGAAGCUGUAUUGAUGUAUGUCCAUGCACAAGACUGGGAGAGUGCACAAAGAGUUGCUGAGGCUCAUGACCCAGAUUCUGUUGGUGAUGUUCUGGUGGGCCAAGCCAAGGUGGCCUUCUCAGACAGGGAUUACCCUCGGGCAGAGGCACUUCUGCUCAGGGCUCAGAGGCCAGAGUUAGCAGUAAAGUUUUACAGGGAUAGCAACCAGUGGACUGAAGCAUUAAGAGUGUGUAAAGAAUAUCUUCCACAUAAGCUCAGUGCACUUCAAGAUGAAUAUGAUAGAACAGUGCUUAGUCGAGGAUCACAAGAUGCAAACAGUCUUAUGAACCAAGGACGUCAGUGGGAAGAAUCUGGAGAAUAUGCUCGAGCAGUGGACUGUUACAUGAAGGUGACACCAAACAUGACCAAUGAUGUGAUGCUGUUGGAAAAAGCAUGGAGCAAGGCUGGAGAAUUGGCAGUCAAGUUUCUACCAAAUGAGAAAGCUAAUGAUGUAUCCCGAUUACUUGGUCCCCGAUUAUUAGAAAUCAAGCGUUAUUUAGCUGCUGCACAGCUGUUUCUUGCUGGUGAUCUAAUAAAGGAGGCCAUCGAUGCAUUCAUUAAAGGACAGGAAUGGAGCAAGGCAAAGAAAGUAGCAAGAGAAUUAGAACCUCGGUAUGAAUCCUAUGUUGAUUCUGCAUAUAAAGACUUCUUAAAGAAUGAGGGAAAAGCUGAAGCUCUUGCUGAUGUGGACUUGACUGGAGCCUUAGAUAUGUAUGUUGAGGCUGGGCAGUGGACCCGAGCUCUGGAAACUGCUGCCUCGCAUGGCCCACAGCUUUUACAUAAAUAUCUAGCAAAAAAUGCCACAAAUCUCAUAAAGGAUGGCCAAGCUGUUGAAGCCCUGGGUUUGUACAAGCAAUAUGGAGCACCAGCUUUUUCACAAAACUAUAACAUAUACCGACGUGUAGCUCUUGACCUAAUGAGCAUGCAUGAACUGUGUUCAGGGCAAGCCUAUCGCACCUGGGCAGAUCUGCGGGACCUUCUUCUGUCACUGGUAGAUAACCUUAGGCAACAUGAAGAUAUAGAAGGUGUCAUGAAUGAAUUUGAGCUGUUGUUACUUCAAGCACAUUAUCUGGCUGCACGGUCUGCUUAUAUGGCCACACCACAGCUGGAGAAAUUAGUGGCUAAAGUGUCAGUUUCUUUACUACGUCAUACUGACAUUAUACCAGCAGAUAAAGCCUUCUAUGAAGCAGGAAUGGCUUGUAAGGAGGUAGGAUGGAAGAACAUGGCAUUUGUAUUCUUGAAUCGUUUUUUGGACUUAUGUGAGGCCAUUGAGGAAGGGUCAUUAGACUCUCUUGAUCAUACAGACUUCAUAGACACAGAUAUUCCAUACGAGAUUCCACUACCACUCACUCUGACAAUACCUGAAUCUCUGAGGGAAGAGGCUAAAGAAUGGGUGCUGGCAGUAUCAAUGGAUCAGCAAGUGGAACAGGUUCUUCCCGUGGAUGAGCGUAUGACUUAUGAAGCUUCUCUUGUGGAUGCAAGUAACACCACCUACCCUCCCUGUGUUAUCUCAGGCUAUCCUGUCAUCCGGAAUCGCCUUGAUCUCAAGCGUGGGCAAGCUGCUAACAAGGAGGACUGGAACAAACUAAUCAUGGCCACCAAGAUGUCAAGUUCCCAUGAAUGUCAGGAUGUACUCAAGUUUAUAACUGCUUGGUGUGGAGGUCUUCCCAGUAUGGGAUACAAUUUCCAGUAACACACACAGCAAAUUUAGUCUUAAUACACGUUAUUCUGGUAAAUCUUCAUAUGAAGAGAUUAGCGACAUGAAUGAAUUGGUUUUAGGAAAAUUUACUACGAGAUAUUUUGCCUCUAUAUAGUUCACACCAGAAUUGCCUAAGUGCAGAAUUAUCGUAUGAUGUGUCGAAUAUUUAAGUGCGGGAAACCAAGUGUGCCGAGUCACAGACUGCACUCUGCAUGAAUACAGAAUAAAUUCUGCAUUUUAAAAUUUUUGGGGAGGUUAAAUUUUCCAUAUUAAUGUAGUCACAGCUUAGAGCUGUGAAAGGUCUUUGUAGAACAUUUUUGGUAGUUUCUUGUCAGAAAAUAAACAGAUUUUCCCUUAGUGAUGAAACUUUGAACCUUUUCUCAUUUUUUAGUGUUUCAUAAGCUCUAGAUCCACACUCUCGAGACAUAUUACUUGCAUUGUCCGAUUUAGCAUGUAGCUUUCCACGAAUAUUUACAAAGCAUAAAGGAUCCAUAACAACUUUUUAAAGCACUAUAUAUUCUUCAAGAUGAAGAAGACAGGCCAUGCUUCAACACUUUAUUGUGUUUGAUCUUGCUGUUCUGUCUUUGCCAAUUUCAAGUGCUAAGGCUGAAAGAUUAACAUAUCCCAACCUCAUAUAUAAUGAGCAACAAAACCUUGACGUCACUAAUUAUCAACUCAGAAAUGCUGAAAGAGGAGGAUUGUUGUGCAAAAUUUACACCAUAUGAUGCUUUGAUUAAUGGAGUGAGAGGCACACAAGGAUAGAGUCUUGAAGAUAUGAUAUAAUUUGUUUGAGUGUAAAUUUUUAUAAAUGUAUUAAUUUUUUUAAGUUCCUAUGUAUUUUUGCUAUAUACAGUAAUGAGAUUACUGUAUUUGGAAAUGCAUUUAUUUAUUUCACAUAUCUAUAUUAUCUCUUAUUAAAAUGUACCAGGAUA